CAUGUUUUUCAGUCUCUUUGUCCAUGUCAACAAAUUCACAUUAAAAAUACGAAUAAUCAUUAGAUGAAUGAACAUUUAAAACUUCACCACUUGAAUUAUUCAGUGAAUCACUAAUUAAAUUGCCUUCAAGUAAUAAGUAAAUUAUUUGUUAAGCUUUAACAAACGUGCAAAAUUCCAGUAUCUGGUAGGCCUGCAUUCGUAUGCACCUGUUUUAUACUAUUGAACUUUCAUAUGGCGAUCAAUCUAUGUUCAUAAUAGAUUGAUUAUUAACACCUUAAUCUCUUACGUAUUAUACAAAAUGAUUACUACACUAUUCUAAUUUUAUAUAAUAAGAAAAUAACUAAUGAGAUGAGGCUCAUUACAACAAAUUUUACAAUAUUCACACCGUAAAAUACAGUCACUGCAAGAUGAACUUAUUUGUUUUGAAAUCUUAAUAAUCCUUUCAAAACAUUUGUCUCGCACUAACAAAAUUACUGCAUUAAUGGCUAAAUCGAGUCGUCUGCAUUGCUUUCCUACUAAAUAGCAAUAUUUAAUAUUUUUAUGAAGACCUUCAAAAUACAUAUUUAUGUUGAUAUCAACAUGUUUGCAUUUGAAAAAUGACCAUUUUUCAACUCUUGAAGAAUAAUUGCUUGCAAAAUAUUGACCAAAAUCUGCAGUAUCUGUAUCAUUUUUUUAAAUCUUCAAUGACCUUUGUUAAUUCUAUGUAAAACUUGUUUUUACCAGUUUCAUGCAUUAAUGAUUUUAAUGUCUUAGAAACCAUUGAUUUUUUUUCUUGUGAGUGAAUUUUAGAAAGGUUUUUACUUCAAUUUCUUAAUACGUGCCAAGUACAUAAUAGUUGUUUAGAAACCGGAUCCAUAAUAGAUUCCCAUGCGUUAUAAAAUGCAGGUUCAUUGUCAGACAUAAAUACAUUGGCUUUGAUAAGUCCUACUGCAUGCUGGAUACAUUCAAAAAAUAAUUAAUAUGUUGACGUAUCUGAUUUAUUUGUAAAACAGAAUGCAGCAGGAAAACCAUUUCCAUAAUUGUCUACUACAAGUAAAGUAUACAACUGAAAGUUAUAACUAUUUAAACCAUGUGUUCCGUCUAUACAUGUUUUAUCAUAUUAUAUUUUAUAUUUUAUUACGAGGGAGAUGUAUUGCAAUAGCAAAGGUUUAAUUAUUGGUACUGAUUAUUUAUUUUUUAUUAAAGGAAAUAUGACAAAUUUUAUGGAAAAAGGCAAUAUAUUUCGUAAUCAGAGAUAAAUUGAUAACCAUGUGAACAAUUUGUACUGAUAAGCGAUAAGUGAUAAGCGAUUUGACGCCAUGUUGGAUUCUUUUGGAAUUUUUCCUGCGAAGAUCCAUUUGUGAUAAAAUGCCAUAGCCCACCAGCAACAUGGCGCGAAAUAAGCGUCUCGUGUCAAUUUAUACUAUAGUUAGCAAUCUAGUUAUCUAUAUCUGUGAACUAAGUUAAUUUUAAAUUUUUUUGAAUAAUUCAGAAGUAGUAAAUUAUCGAAUAGUUUGAUAGUACUAUUCGAUAGUGUCCAUCACUAAUUCGUAUACUCAGUUAUCUUUGAAUUUUAAAAUUACGCAUACCUACAUACUGGUAAAAAUGAAUUAAAAAUUGUUAACUAACGCUUGGUACCACGAUUUAUUAUUUAUUAAAAUACUACCUACUAUUACUGUUCGUUAAAUCCUUACUUGAAAGAAAAUAUGUUGUCUUAUCCUUCAUUUGUUGGUUAUUCUCGCAAACUGAUGACACUUACUAUGAUAUUAAAAAAUGGUAAGAUGUUAUUAGGUAUGAAAAAUCGUGGUAUGGGCAAAGGCAAAUGGAAUGGUUUUGGUGGAAAAGUAGAACCAAAUGAAACAAUUGAUGAUGGUGCAAAACGUGAAGUAAAAGAAGAGUGUGGAUUAGAUGUAAUUUCAAUGGAAAAAAUUGGUAUUAUAGAAUUUGAGUAUGUUGGUUCAAAAGAAAUACUGGAAGGACAUAUAUAUUCAUGUUAUCUGUUUAGUGGUGACAUAAUUGAAUCUGAUGAAAUGGCGCCAAUCAAAUGGUUUAAAAUUGAAGAUUCUCCGUGUAAUCAAAUGUGGAUUGAUCAUAAAUUUUGGUUUCCAAUGAUAUUAAAAAACAUUCCAUUUAAAGCACAUUUUAAGUAUUUAAAUGACGAUACUAUGUUGGAUAGUACCAUAAUAUUAACAAAUUCAAAAGAAAAAUUAAAGGAACCAUGGGUAAAUGUUAUUAUUAAAAAAGACAAUCAAAUUAUUUUACUUAAAAAUUUUGAAGAAUCAAAUUAUUUUAAUAAACAUGAAAAAGUUAAAUCAGGAGAGUCUGUAGAAGAUGCAGCUAUAAGAUAUUUGAAAAGUCAUUAUAAAAUUCAUGAUGCAGUAAAGGUACAAAAAAUAGCAGUUGUAGAUAUUGAAUUUAUUGACAAACAAUUUAUUCAAGAAAUUAAUGUGUUUGUACUAGAUGUUUCAAAGAUAAACAAAUAUUUACAAAAUGAAGAUUUUAGAUUGUUGGAUAUAAAUAUUAUACAAGCAAAUAAAUUGUGGUUAGAUAACAAGUUUUUUUCAACUCUUUUAAUGAUGAAACCAUUUAAAGCAUAUUUCCUGAUGGAUGAGGAUAAUAUACUGUGCAGCAAAUAUGAUAAUAAUUAAAAAGUUUUUUUUUUCAUUUAGAAAAAAUAAAAUCUGUACAGUUUAUAUACAAUAAGAAUUUAUGAUAACAUGUAUUUUUUUUUAGCUUGAAUUUUCCUAAGAAGAAGCUCCCCAUAGUUAAAAAGUAACUUUAUAAUCAUGGUGCUGUUGUUUUCAACUGAUAAUUUCCAAUGUCAGUGUUGUUCUAAGGAAGUAUUAUUAGUACAUUUAUAUGUGGUUAACGACAUAUAUAAAAUAAAAAAUUUGUAUUAUUUUUGCUUAACUUAUAUAUUGAGUUGUAUGUGUAAAUGUAACUUUCAUUAUGUAAUAUUCAACAUUUUGAAAUUUUUUUUAAGCCUAUAUAAGACAAUAUUUUAUGUAAAAAUCAU